AUGGCACCCCAUGCUGAGCCUGAGGCGCUCACAGACACAUCUGCUAUUGUUCUGAAUGACCCGGUUCUUAGCAAUGGCGAGACUCAUCCGAUCUUUACACUCGAUGAUGUCUUGCCACAUCGCCAGAAGUCGACCCCGCCCUCGAGAGGCGUCGCCGCCUUUUCAGAAGCAGACAUGUUCAAGAGCAAAGGGGCCCUCAAGGAACCAAAAGCUAAGCGAUGGGAUCAUCGCCUUUCUGCAGAGAGCAGGGCGAGAACAGCUUCGUCGCUGAAGGGAGCCAUGAAGUUCUUCAAGCCAGAUACCAUCAGCCUCUGUGGGGGAUUGCCGUCAAGUGACUAUUUCCCCUUCGAAGAGCUCAGUGCAAAGGUCCCUAUCGUCCCCAAGUUCUCGGAGGAUGAAACGGCCAAAUCUGGCAAGCACUUCUCGAGCGGCAAGUACGACGCAAGGGAAGGAAAAUCAUUCCUCGACCUCUCCAUUGCACUCAAUUACGGUCAAGCCAUGGGUCCAGGCGCGCUGGUUCGAUUCCUCACCGAACAUACCGAAAUCGUUCAUCAUCCGCCAUAUUCGGAUUGGGAUGUUUGCCUGACCGCUGGCAGUACUUCGGCCCUGGAAAUCGCUUUGCGGAUGUUUACGGAGAAAGGGCAUUAUGUCCUGACCGAGGAAUAUACCUUUAGCACUGCGAUAGAGACAGUAAGUCCACUGGGCUGCAAAAUGCUGGGGAUCAACAUGGACGCCGAUGGAAUGCUGCCCGACCACUUAGACAACGUUUUGUCGACAUGGGACGAGUCUGCCAGGAAGGCACCAAAACCAUUCCUGGUGUACACUGUGCCCACAGGACAGAAUCCCACAGCUAGCACCCAAUCGCUUGAGAGAAGAAGGCAGCUGUACACGCUAGCGGAAAAGCACGACCUUUUCAUCCUCGAAGACGAGCCAUACUACUUCCUUCAGAUGGACUCUUAUGUCUCGGGCCAGACGCACUCCGUCCCGACACCCUUCAAGCCGGCCGCGGUGGCAGACUUCUUGGGAAAUCUGGUCCCUUCGUACCUCUCCAUCGAUACUUCCGGCCGUGUCCUGCGCCUCGACUCGUUCUCCAAGAUCAUCGCUCCAGGCUCCCGCUGCGGCUGGGUUACUGGCUCCAAGCAGAUCGUUGAGCGCUUCAUGCGUCACAACGAAGUCAGCGCACAAAAUCCCGCGGGUUUCGCAAUGAUCCAUCUGUACAAUCUACUAGAAGAGAACUGGGGCCACAGAGGCUUCCUGGAGUGGUUGAUGUAUAUUCGCGCAGAAUAUACUCGGCGAAGGGAUAUCAUCAUCAACGCAUGCGAACAACAUCUGCCGACAGAGAUUUGCAGCUGGGUGGCUCCCCGAGCGGGCAUGUUCCAUUGGGUUAAGGUCGACGUGACGAAACAUCCUCUGUAUGAAUCCAGACGCAAGCCCGAUGGAAGUGUCGACCAUCCUACAUUACUCAAGAUUGAGGAGGCCAUGUUCCUGGCCGCGGCCGAACAGUCGGUACUGAUUGCCAGAGGAUCCUGGUUUAGGGCCCAGAGAGGCAGCGAUACCGAAUUGUUCUUCCGCACGACUUUCGCGGCAGCUCCAGCCGACAAAAUGGUCGAGGCUGUCAGGAGAGUUGGCACGGCAAUCAGGAAGGAAUUCGACUUGGACGCAACUCCUGGGGCGAGCCAGAACGGGCAUGCCAGGUGA